AUGGCAAAGCCCAAAUACUCCCAUCUUUCUCUUUCUCUCCUCCUCUUCAUCACCAUCAUCACUUCAUCUCCACCGUCACUUGCAUCACGACUGUCCAAUUUCCCCUCCUCCAGAUGGGCCCCACGCUUCCUGGGCAAGUUCUCAAGCUCUUCACCACCAAAACAACCUCAACCACCGAAACGACAACAACAGCAACCACAAAUCAUAUACGAAACCCGAUAUUUCGCUCAGCGUCUUGACCAUUUCAGCUUCUCGGAUUCCCCGAGGUUCAAACAGCGGUACCUCAUCAACACCGAGCACUGGGUGGGCCCAGAGCGACUGGGCCCCAUCUUCUUCUACUGCGGCAACGAAGGUGACAUCGAAUGGUUCGCCGAAAACACCGGCUUCGUCUGGGAAGUCGCCCCCCAAUUUGGCGCUAUGAUCCUCUUUCCCGAACACCGGUACUAUGGAGAGUCCAUGCCGUAUGGGAGUAAAGACGAGGCGUAUAAGAAUGCCAGUACGCUGUCGUUUCUCACGGCCGAGCAAGCCCUCGCUGAUUUUGCCGUAUUAAUCACGGAGCUCAAGCGAAAUUUGCGGGCGGAAGGUUGCCCCGUCGUGCUUUUCGGUGGAUCCUAUGGCGGAAUGUUAGCAGCCUGGAUGAGGCUUAAGUAUCCUCACAUUGCAAUUGGUGCACUUGCUUCUUCGGCACCAAUUCUUCAAUUCGAAGAUAUUGUGCCACCAGAAACGUUUUACGAUAUCGUUUCUAAUGGUUUCAAGCGUGAAAGCAACAGCUGCUUUAACACUAUAAAAGAGUCCUGGGAUACAUUGGUAACCGAGGGUAAGAAGCAAAACGGCCUUCGCCAGCUGACAAAAAUUUUCCAUUUAUGUCGGGAACUAAAUAGUACCAAUGAUCUUGCAAAUUGGUUGGAGUCUGCGUAUAGUUAUUUGGCAAUGGUGAACUACCCAUAUGCUGCUGAAUUUGUAAUGCCUUUGCCAGGACACCCGAUAAAAGAGGUUUGCAGAAAGAUUGAUGGUUGUCCUGAUGGGACUAGCACACUGGAGCGCAUAUUUGAAGGUGUAAGCAUAUUCUACAAUUACACUGGACAAGCUAAAUGCUUUGAGCUGAUAGAUGAUUCCGACGUUGGCACGGAUGGGUGGAAUUGGCAGGCUUGCACAGAGAUGGUUAUGCCUAUGUCUUGUAGCCAGGAUGCAAGCAUGUUUCAAACCUAUGAUUAUAAUCUCUCUUCUUUUCAAGAGGAGUGCUGGAAGGAUCACAAUGUGAAACCAAGGCCUACACGGAUCACAACAGAAUUUGGCGGACAUGAUAUUAAGGCCACCUUGAAAUCGUUUGGAAGCAAUAUCAUUUUCUCCAAUGGCUUAUUGGAUCCAUGGAGUGGUGGCAGUGUCCUGCAGAAUGUAUCAGAAACUAUCGUUGCUCUUGUUACCGAAGAAGGUGCCCACCACAUAGAUUUGCGUUUCUCAAAGAAAGAAGAUCCUGAAUGGUUGGUAGAUCAAAGGGCAACUGAAAUUAGGCUGAUAGAAGGGUGGUUAGAGAAAUUCUAUCAAGAAAGGAAAUCAAAAUUUGACAUGUAG